AUGAAAGACCACUCAAGAGACGAUACCGAUUCAGAUGAAGAUGAUGAUAGUAAUGACAACAGCAGUACCAUUAAUGACGAGGACGAUGAUGAACACAACAGUUCCAACUCGGACACUGAGGACGAUCAUGAUUCAAUUACAACAAAUACAACAGACUUUCAUGGUAUGAGAGUUUUGAAUUCAGUUAAUCCAGAAAUGAAAAACUCAUAUUUUCGAGUUAGCAUAAAUGGCACUCCAAAAUUCAUUCAUAAACAGACCGCUUGUUGGUUAUUGACGAAUAAACAAUGCAGUUUAUCGGCGGAUAGAUUAUCACAAGUAAUGAACGCAAAUAAAAAAGAAUGAAAUAAAAACUUUGUUUUUUUUCUGAUUCUAAAUAAAGAUAUACCGUACACAAUGAUAACAAAGUGUUGUACCAACUUCGAGAAAUGGUGAAGAUAACCGCAAGAAUGUCAGUCAGUAAAUGAAGCGUUUCGAAUAAAAGUCUUCUUUUAAUUGCUCAUUUUCGAAGAAGAACAAACGUACUGACUCUUUUUAGUCACAGAAGGCUAUUUUAAGGGACUUCGGCAGACUUCAUGGGAUUUCAAUGACUUCAUGU